AUGGCCACUGUCUCCGUCAUCGGCAGUCGUGGGUUCGGACAACGGCUUCAAGUGUCUCUCGGUGAUUCGCCUAUGGAGCCAGUCUUCCCGGUCGGAUUCGGCAUCCCUGACAAGCCGCCGGCGGAUAAGCCGGUGCUUUCGGUCAUCAACUAUGAGAAGCGUGGUGGGCUUCCCAGCUCUGGAGAGUCAACCCAGCUCGCUUCUCCGGGUCCAUCUCAGCAGCCAAUCCCUGGAUCUGGCCAUCCAUAUGGUCUCGAUACGACCCAGGUUGGCGUGGAUUUCGUGCUAUUCAUGGAACGAUGUUGUAUAUACCAUGUACAUCAACUUCAAGACGCCGAAGAGCCGAAUGGACACGCUUUCACUGCACUAGCACCUCUUCUUACCCAAGCUCCCACGGUGCUAGACGACUGCACCUCGUGGCAGAUCCCCGCAAGCGAACUCGACAGGCUACUCGAGUUGUCUUCGGCCCUCCACCUGGACGGCGAGCUCACCCCGGUUGAGAUGUGGAUGCGGAUCAAACAACAUCCACUAUUCCAUAAGCUCAACCGAGAAGGACUGCAGCAGUUGAGCCAGGCGUUGAUAGCAGGAGUACAGUGUUUUGGUUUCGGCGCAACUUUUGAAGAGCAAUUCUUUGCAAGUACUCUUGAAGAAUUCUUUGGCACUCUGAAAGAAUAA